AUGGGAGCCGAUGGAGUACACGAUCCAGAUGGAGUCCUACGGAGCGUGGCGGAUAGUUUACGUGGCGGAUAUGGCUUAAAUUCGAGCGAGGCAGUAGACGACUACCUCACGGACGUAACGUUUCUGGAGCCGGCGAGCCAAAUGCAGAUAUCUAUCAAGUCGGCAGGCACGCUCAUCGGUAUGCGAGAGGUAAACGUGUACGCAUCAACGACAUACACUCCUCCACCAGUUGUGCUUCCCCGAGCCAACCCUUGCAAGAUAGAAGCGUCCCACAUGAUCGACCUCGACAAUCAGUCAUUCUGGUUGAGUUCAUCGGGUUCCACUGAUAUCAAUAUCAUCUUGGACUUGGGAGAAAUAUAUGAUGUGCAGGAAAUUGAAAUAUGGAUGGGUUUCAAAACCUCGGGCUUCUUCGUCUUUGUUUCCGAGACGGGGUAUCCAGACAUAGAGAUAAAGAUGACUAGUACUUCAAUCUGGGGUUUCGUGCAAAUGCUAGACGUUAAUCCCAUCAGGAUGAGGUAUCUACGCUUUUUUAUUUCGCAGGGCUACGAGGACCCUGAAGCUGGCAUAUUUGGAACAAGCGUCCGCGACAUCCGGGUGUGGUACUUCAACAAUCGUGCGAAGGGCACCAUCGCCACAUCGGACAGCACGUGGGACUUCCCUGGCGCAUCCGCAAUCGAUGGCGCCAACGAGACGUAUUGGCUGUCUCGAUUUGGCUCGUCGGUCGAUGAGCUCGUGGUGGAUUUGGGCUCCGUGCACAACGUCGCUGGAGUGUCCGUGGAGUUCGGCUACGGUGCGAGGGAAAUUCAGUUCUCUCACUCCAUGGACGCUUCCUCUUGGACCCAGUUCGCAGCAGUAAGCAGCAACCUGGAGCUUGCGAUCACCGUGCCUUCUACGAUUCAUUUCAGCACCCGGUACGUCAAAGUUUCGAUGCAAAGCCCCGUGUCCCUCAUUCCCGACCCUGACGAGCCAAGAGACCUCCAGAAGUACCAGUACGUCUUCUCGGUGAGAGAGUUUGAGAUCUUCGAGCACACUGGCGGCGGCGGCGUCAUCGGGCUGGAGUCUCUAGACGGCACCGAGUUUAGCACUAUUGUCUUCGGUCAGCGGGAGCCAGGGGAGUGGCUGGUCGGCAGCGAGGCCGACAUCUUCACGAAGGACUUCGGCGAAGAGCCCUACUCCGAGGACGUGGGCACCGAGAUCCACAUCGCGAUGACAUUCAGCACGGUCCUGAACCUCCCAGACGGCCUGAACCGCUACACCAGAGUGUCCCUCUACCGCAACGGGGUGGCCUACGGCAGCCCUUACACGGUGCAGGCCCCGGUCGAUCGCCUCACCGCGGCCAACCAGACGCGCCUCGUCUUCGGCGUCCGCAGCACCGCACACACGUCGGGUUGGAACGGCAGCGACCCCAGGGAGGGUUCGCUGAUGGCCGACGUGCACUCCCCCUUCUUCGAGGGACAGAUCCGCAAGCUGUCGCUCAUCAGGAACGCCCUCACCUCCGAGGAGGUGUACGGCCUCUUCGAGACGAAAUUUGGCUCCGCCGAGCGUGGGUGCCACUGUUACGAUGCCUGCCCUGCCGGCUCCAACCGGCUUUUCCCAGACGUGCUGGUACCUUGCAGCGGGGCUGGGGUCUGCCUGCGCGCCUCCGUCUCCUCUAGCUUGGCCCAAGCCACCGGCUACUGCAGAUGCAACCCGGGCUUCUCAGGUGACGCGUGCGAGUCCCACUGCUCGGACCUGUCGAUCUACGGCUGCUGCGAGGCGGACGACGACUGCCCCUCUGGCGUCGAUUGUAACCAAACGACCAAGGCAUGCACGCAGUGA